AUGUUCAAAGAUGGCGAGCUACUACCGAGCCAAGACUCUGUGGUGCUUCCAACUCCAAGGCAACAGUUUACACCGCUGGAGGAUGACGUCACAGAUCCGAUCCCCACCACGAUGACAUCGAAUAAGGUGGCGUCAAUAAGCCAGUUAUCCUUCAUGGUCCGACCGGACUCAUUCGAGAGAGGCCAGCUGCGGCUGACCUGUAUCUCGACGGUGCAUAGUGUGUACAACGAGCAAGCCGAGCUCGUCAUAAACGAAGAGAGGCCACAAAUAGCCUCCGUGCUGGGCACCAGAGAUGGAGCCAAAGACGCAACGGUAAACAUUACCUUUGCUCACUCGACCGGAAUAUGCAGUGUCGAUAAACAGUUGGAUACUACAGAAUCUAACGGCAAAUAUUUGACUGAUUGCAUGCUGCGACUGGCUCGAGCAUUUGCCUGA